UGUUGUUGUUGUUUGUUGUUGUUAAAGAAUGAAACGUAAUUAUCAAUCUUCUUUUGGAACCGAUGGUUUUUCCGGUGUUGGCGAUGAUGGUGAUGAUGAUGAUGAUUUGGAUAAAAUCUCAAAAAUGAUUCAUACAAUAUGUCCAAAUUUCGAAACUAAUAAUAAUCGUUCAAUACGAAAAUGUGAUUGUAAUCCAUAUCGAUCAUUUAUUCGUGCCGGUCCAUUUGUUAUUGGCUGUCAAUUGACCGAUGUACAUCAACUAUCCGGUAUUGAUAAUUAUAUUGCACGAAAAAUGUAUGAUACAAAUCCGAAUAAAUUUUAUUUACUAAAAAUUGUUGUAUUGCCUAAAAAUCGUCGUGAUGAAAAUCAAAGUCAACGUCAAGCUAAAAUGAUGAUAUUCAAUGAAUAUUCGGUUUUAUCGAUGCUCAAAAAUCAGCCUGGUGUCAUACAGAUACGUGGAUUAUAUUCAGAUGUUUAUUUUGAAGAAAACAAAGAUAAAAAUGACGGCGAUGACUUGGAUAUUUGUGAACAAUGUACCAAAAUUGUACAAACGACAUCGAUUCCAUUCAAGAAAAUAUCUAAUCCUGGUGAUGACGAUGAUGAUGAUAAUAACGAUAAUUCUGAAUGUCCAAAGAAUGAUCAUCAUCAUUAUCUAGAUUGUAAAUAUCUGAAUAAGAUUGGAAAAUUUUUUCGACGAUUAAUUCUAGCAUUCGAUUGUCAUGUAUUGCAUACAUUUUCAUUAAUCACACCAAUGAUUCCAUAUCUAUCAAAUCGAUAUACACGUUUUCGAUGUGAAUAUGAAAAUCUACAAGAAUAUGUAAAACGUUAUAAAAGUGUUAAUGAAAUGAAAGCAUUAAGAAUUUUAUUCGAAGUUGUUAAAGUGAUAAAAGGAUUACAUGAAAAAAAUGUUGCACAUCGUGAUUUACGGCUAGAAAACAUUCUGUACAAUCAUCGUAAUGGAAAAAUUUUAAUCAUAAAUUUUGGUCUUGCACGUUAUGUAAUAAAUGAUACAACCUGUAUAAAUGAUCAUCGUGGUUCAUCGGCAUACAUUAGUCCAGAUGUACUUAAACGGCGGCCAUAUGCACCGAAACCAUCCGAUUGUUGGACAUUGGGCGUAAUUUUUUAUUCAAUGUUAUUGGGUAAAUUUCCAUUUUAUGCUGAAACAUUUAAUGAAUUAUUCAAAAAAAUCAACACCGGUCAUUAUGAUUUACCAUCGAUAAAUGUGUUUACAUCGGAAACAAUGAAAAUUAUGCGUUCAUUGAUUGAAAUUGAUUCAUAUAAACGAAUCAAUAUUAAUGAACUAUAUGAUCGAUUACGACAAAUUAUUGAUUCAAGAUUGAAGGAAAAUAUGCACAAAGAAUUCAAAGCAUUGAUUAAUCAAAAAAAAUGUGAUAAUGAUGAUUUACAAAUUGUACCAGAUGUUUGUCAAAAAUCAUCAACAAUUAUAGAUCGAUCAAAAAGUCCAAGAUUAAAUAUUGAACAUGAUCAUGAUUAUGUUAUUAUGAAAUCGAAUAAUAAUAAUAAUAAAUCAUCCGAAUUAUUAGAUGCCAAUACUGAUAAAAAAUCGUUGAGUGAAUUUGAAGAAUAUUUACAAUCAAAUCAAUGUAUGGCUACACCACCACAGAUGCCUAUACCAUUUUUAAAAUUACGUGAACGAUUCUGUUAUGAUUCUAGCUACAAUUAUUAUGGUUCACAAUUUGCUCAUCAUCGUGGUUCACCAUUUUUAGAAGAAAUGGCUCGACAAUAUUACCAUUACCAUCAACAACAACAACAACAGCAGCAGCAACAAAACAACAACAACAACAAUCAGAUGAUUCUCAACGAAUGGAAAUACAAUUCAAUUCAAAUCCGAUUCGAUUUCGAUUUCUUUUAUCUAGAGAUAAUGAACAACGAAAAAAUUAAUGAAAAAAGCCGGUUUUUAUUCAGCGAAUCACCCGAAAAAUGGGAAAUGUUGGAAUGUAAAACGAUCAAAUUUCGUGUAGAAGAUCAAUCAACAGCUGAUGAUGAUGAUGAUGAUGUUAAAACAGGACAACAAUCAUCAUCGAUACAAAAUCGAAAAUUAAUCCAUAUUGCUAAAAUGUUAUCAAAUGAUGAUCAAAAAAAUCGACCUAUACCGAUUAAAUAUGAAAAUAAUCGAUUAAUUGUUCGUCAACCAUUCAAAAUAUUAACCGACAUUUGGGGUGUACUUGUAUCGUAUGAUUUUCGCCGUACACUUUAUAAAUAUAUUGAUGAUAAUCUAGAAUGUUAUUUUCGUAAAAAUUUUCAUACUGAAUCCGUAAAAUACUAUGUUGAACAAUUGAUACAACGUACUGAAGAAGAUUUACAUAAGUAUUCCGAAAUGCCAAUGAUCAUAUCGAAUAAUAAAAUUAAUAAUGUUGAUGAUAAUGGUAAUUGCGAUGAAGAUUUGAUCAAAUCAAUUGUUAAUAAUUUAAAUUAUCGCCGAAAAAGUCGUGAUAAAAGUUUGAUGAUCAAUUUGGAUACAAUAUUCAAUCAAAUUUGGAAUGAAGGAUAUACAAACAAAAGUUUACGGCCAAUGGUUUUUCCUGAUGUUGUUAAUAAUUUAAAAAAAUGGCAUUCAGAUCCAUUCUUUAUUAAAAUCUAUACAUUUGCAUCCGGUCCAUUGGAAACACAGAAAUUGUUUUUAAGUGCAUCUACCGAAGGUAAUGUUUCCGAAUGGAUUACAAGCGGUUUUGAUGCACAUCAUCGUUUUAAAUAUGAUACAAAUAAAUAUCGUGGUGUAUUGUCAUCAUUAACUGAACGUGAAGCUAAAAAUCUUUUCUAUAUGACUGAUAGCCCUAAUAAAGGUCGUGCUGCAAGACGUACCGGUAUGACUGUUUUUAUUGUACAACGUCCAGGUAAUCGCCAUUAUAGUGAUGAUGAUCUUAAAUCAUUUCCAAUCAUCAAUAGUUUUGAUCAAUUUGAAUUUAUUGAAUUUGCCGCUGCUGGCUGUUGUUGAUG